AUGGAUAGACUACAUGGGAAUACAGUCCAUCAGGCAGAUAUACAAGAUUUUGUUGACUGCAUUCAAACAACCAACCUAAGUGAACUAUCAUGGAGAGGUGACUACUGCACUUGGACAAACAAGCAACGAGUAGAGGAUAUAAUUUUUAGCCGAAUUGACAGAGCUUUUGGUAAUUAUGAAUGGAUGAUGAAAUGGGGCAAUAUAACAAUGGAGUAUGGUCUGCCAGGGAUAUAUGAUCAUGCUCCAAUGAUCCUUCCUAUGGAAGUUGAUCAAUUAACCAUAAAGUAUCCAUUUAGAUUCUUCAAUGUUUGGGCAGAUCAUCAAGAGUUUGAACAGAUGGUAGAAGACAUUUGGAUACAAAUAAGUGAUCCCUGGGCUAUAAGAUGCAUAUGGAAAAAAUUGAAAGCACUUAGACCAAGACUAAGGCAGUUGAACAACAAUGAAUUUAGAGCUGUGACUCAGAAGAUAAAGGAUGCAAGAAAUGAACUUAUGGCAAUUCAGAGCAACCUGCAGCAGACAUAUAACGAGGUUAUACAGGAACAAGAAAAGAUCACAUUACAGAACCUGAAAAAAUGGUCAAUGGUUGAAGAAAGCAUUUUGAAGCAGAAAGCUAAAGCUAAAUGGAUACAAUUGGGAGAUGCAAACACAAAGUAUUUCUCAGUUGUAAUGAAGGAAAGAACUCACAGAAAACAGAUAAGAGAGCUGACAACUCUAGAUGGAAGGAAGAUUAAUGAGCCUAAAGAGAUCAAAGAACAGGCCAUUUAG